GUUUCAACUCGACCUGAAAAUGAAGUUUCAACUGAGCUAAAACUAUUUGAUGAAUCUUGGAUUACUGCGUUUGCUGCAACAAGAGAGGAACCUGCUGUAUCCAAAGAAUCAUCGGAUUCAGAAUCGAAAUCAUUGGCUCAAAAUAUUGCAGAGAUAACAUCCAGCUCUGAAGAUUGAGAGAAAAGAGAGUCCGAUGCAUGAUGUUUCGACAAUACUGAUGCUUUUUGAUCCAUGGAAGAUUAAGAAGAAGCUCACUGGUAGUGAUCUUGGUAACCUGUGCAGACUUUUGGUGGCAUCUUUAUCAGUCAGAAAUCAUAUUUUGCCAUUAUUGAGCCGUGAGACUGUUGAGCAGAUUGAAAAAGAUGGUGCUGCAGUUCCUAUAUGGGAUUGCGAUACUAAUACCGAACAACAUAUGGUUUUGAAGCAUUGGCGUUCAUCGAAGAGUUACGUUUUCAUCGAAGGCUGGGUGAUUCAAUUUGUGAAGAGAAGGAAUUUAGUUGAAGGAGAUCUUAUUGGGAUUUAUUGGGAUCCAUCAAGUUCAAGAUUCAAUUUUUCUGUGCUUGAAAGAGCUUAGCAGCAGCAGAAGCAGAUUAUU